CGGGAGAGGCUGUCCGCCCGGGAAGGUUUGAAAUCAGGAGCCGAAGCAGCGCGUUGGGAGGAAGGAGGUCAACCGAAGGAAGGCCUGGUCAUGGCUGAGCCCGAGCCGAGGAGGAGGCCUUCGCCCGGGGAGGAAGGGAAGGGGAACCCGGACAGAAGCGAGGCCAAGGAGAAGGAAGAAGAACAGCCUCAAGAAGGAGGAGAAGGAGAAGGAGACCCUUUGCCGCCCGCUUCGGAUGGCAGCAGCUCCGAGCAGGAAGGAAGCCGCCGCGCCUUGAAACCUGAUGAAGACGGUGAGGACAGUGAAUGCGGCAGCUGCAGUGAUCACGAGAGUCGGGACCAGCCAAGGACGACUUUGCAGAGGCACUCCUUGCAGAGCAAUGCUCUCUUUCCAGACACCUUUCAGACCAACAACCUCCUCUUUUACGAGCGGUUCAAAGCCUACCAAGACUACAUGCUGGCUGACUGCAAAGUCUCAGAAGUGAAAGAAUUCACCGCAGAGUAUUUGGAGAAGCUCUUGGAGCCAUCCGGAUGGCGAGCAGUUUGGCAAACCAACGUGUUUGAGGUGCUGGUGGAGGUUGUCGAUGUGGAGUAUUCUGCCCUCAAAGCUGUGGUGCGCCUCUGUGAGCCCUUCCUGUGUGUGACCCGUGAGAGCGCCUUCACCCAGGAGCGCAUGCAAGAGCUGCUUGAGCUGAAGGAGCAUCAGCUGCCAGUGCAGGAGCUGUGGGUUGUUUUCGAUGAAUCGGGAGAGUUUGAUCAGACGGCUCUGGCUAUUGAGCAUGUCAGGUUUUUCUAUAAACACAUUUGGCGGAGCUGGGAUGAAGAGGAUGACGAUGACUUCGAUUACUUCAUCAGAUGCGUGGAACCUCGGCUGAGAUUGUACUACGACAUCCUUGAAGACCGCGUCCCAUCUGCGCUGGUGGCUGAGUACCAGAGCCGCCUUUCCCAAUGCGAGGAGCUCUAUCGCAUGUUCCUAGACUUCAGGAACAGCAUCUCCGGGGCCGAUUCGGACUCCGAAGCAGAAAACGUCUCUGUGGUGGAAGGGAUGAAACUCUACGAAAGGAUGGAGCAGCAGAAACAGAAGCUGAAGCUCAUCGAAAACCCUCUGCUGCGGUAUGUAUUUGGAUAUCAGAAACACAGCAGGCUCAAGGCGAAGGGAGCGCGUCCGUCUGGCACCGUAGUGACCCACGUUGUGUCUUCUGCCAUGAUGUCAAGCCUCUUGCAGUGCCUCUUCCGGGACAAACUUUCUCCGGAUGCCUUCAAUGAAGAAAUAGAAAUCCAGUUCCACCGUGACCCGCAGUCUGCUGUGCGUGCGUGCCACGAAGGAGACAGAGUCAUUGUUUGUCCAGGUCACUAUGUUGUUGAGGGUGCAUUAUAUAUUGCGGACUCCAUUGAACUUGAAGGUUAUGGUUUGCCUGAUGACAUCGUGAUAGAAGAACGAGGCAAAGCGGAUGCCUUUGUUGAGUGUACGGGAGCCAAUGUGAGAAUCUCCAGCUUGAAGCUCAUCCAGCAUGAUGCUGUCGAGGGCAUCUUGAGUGUUCACCAAGGGAAAACCAUGCUGGAGAAUUGCGUCUUGCAGUGCAAGACAACUGGGGUUGCUGUCCGAACCUCGGCUGAGUUUUUAAUGAAAAAUUCAGAUUUAUAUGGUGCAAAGGGUGCUGGCAUUGAAAUCUACCCAGGAGGCACAUGUACUUUGAUAGGAAACGGCAUCCACCAUUGCAAAGAGGGAAUCCUUAUAAAAGACUUUUUAGAUGAGAACUACGUAAUCCCCAAGAUAACCAUGGUGAACAACGUGAUCCACAACAAUGAAGGGUAUGGAGUGGUCUUGGUGAAACCUGCGGUCUCCCCGGAUAUCAAAGAGAAUUCUUUAGAAAGCGCAAAAGGAGAAGGGAAGAAUGGUGAAUCCGCUGUUGGAGAGCAACGUAAAGAAGCUGGUGUCGAACCGGACUCUUACGGAGGAGUGGAUGUUUCUGAGCCCAUGGAGGACAAUUCGGAAAUUGCCAAUGAACUUUCCCUCGCGUCACUCAAGAAGAACCAGACGAAUAAGAAAAGACUGAGCAGCUUGAGGUUCACGGAGGCGGACGACGGCCUGAUGGCUCAAGAAAUGUUUGUGUCCAUUGUGGGCAACCAGUUCAAGUGGAACGGGAAAGGGAGCUUCGGGACAUUUCUGUAUUGACUUUUCAGGAGUGCAUAGGAAUCGCGGCCGAGUACGGCUGUCGACAGACCCGUUCUGGAGUAUCUAAAGCUUGUCCUUUGUGUGUGCUUACCCUCCUUGUGAUUCUGGCAUCUUCUUGUUUUUAGCAAUCUGUGUGUGUUCCACCUACAACACCCUUCCUUUUGAGCAGAUAAGCUUAAAUACUCAUAUAUAUAUUUCCCACUUUCUCUUAUAGUAUUUAACUUUAAUAUAAAACACCCCUUUCAAAAUAAUGUUAUUGGCACCUAAGUGAAGUGA